AUACAGUAUUUUGGUGCGUGUACGUGUGCGUGUUAUUGGGUAUUUUUCUUCGUGUGUGUGUGUGUGGGGUGGGAGAGUUUUACUUGUGUGUGCAUGUGUGUAUGGUGUGUGUGUAUGCUUUUCUGAACGGGAAUUCAUUCCUUAGCGUGCGAGUGGGUGACAAUUAUCGAGCGACUGAAUUUGGCGAGUGCUUUAUUGCACUGAUCGGUUGACAUUUGAGUUCGUUAGUGAGUCUGUGGGUGGGUGGGCGAUUGAAUGAGGGAGCUAGCCAGGCGAUUCGUGAGAGAGUUAUCGAGUGCGUUGAGUAGUUUGCGCGGUGUGCCAGCUGGUCCGAGUGAGUAGCGAGUGAAUAGUGAGCGCGCCAUUCGGCUGCUGAGCAUGUCACUUAGCUCACAGCUGUGCUAGUCAGCUGGCACGUUGGUGGGUGGGUGGGUGAGUAAAUUAGUCGAUUGGUCACUGAGUGAGUGGGUGGGUAAUUGAUACGGUAGGUAGGUGAGCGAACGGGCAUGCGAGUAGGUGGAUGAGCGAUUCGGUGGGUGAGUGAGUAGAUGACCCAGCGGGUGAGCGAGCGAGCGAUCAAGCAUUCGAGCACAGGCGUGUUUUCCGUGCGUGAGUGGUCGAGCUAGCGCGCGCGCGUGCGAGUGAGCGGAUGAGCGAUUGACCGAGCAGGCCAACUCCCCCGUGAGCGAGCGAGUCGGUGGGCGAGCGAGCGGGCGAGCGAUUAUCGAGCGGGCGAGCGGGCGGUGCCGCCGCUCCGUCCCCGAGCCGCGACCGGCUCUCACCGCCCUCCCCCCGCGCCACGAUGGCGGGCCUCUGGCUGGUGAGGGAUGCUUGCGGCCUGGCCUGCGCGGCGCUCACCUGGGCCCUGGUGCUCUACGCCGCCGUGGCCGUGGCGGCCGUGGCGGCCUGGCCGCUCUCGGGGACCUGGGCCGGCCUGCUCAACAACGCGGCCUUCCUGGGCACCUGCGCGCUGGCGCUGGGCGCUCACCUGCGUGCCAUGCUCACCGAUCCCGGCGCUGUGCCUCUGGGCAACGCGACCCCGGAGUUCAUCGAGUCGUUGGCGCUGCUGCCCGGCCAGGUGGUCUACAAGUGCCCCAAGUGCUGCAGCAUCAAGCCGGAGCGCGCUCACCACUGCAGUGUGUGCAAGCGAUGCAUCCGCAAGAUGGACCACCACUGCCCGUGGGUGAACAACUGCGUGGGGGAGCGCAACCAGAAGUACUUUGUGCUCUUCACGCUGUAUAUCUGCAUCAUCUCCCUGCACGCGCUCAUCAUGGCAGCUGGGCAGUUCAUGUUCUGCUUUGACCGGCAGUGGACCAACUGUAGCCGCUUCUCCCCCCCGGUCACGGUGCUGGUGCUCAUUCUGCUCUGCUUCGAGGGGCUCCUCUUCCUCCUCUUCACGGCCGUCAUGUUCGGCACCCAGGUGCACGCCAUCUGCACCGACGAGACGGAGAUCGAGAGGCUGAAGGGGGAGCACCCCAGCUGGGAGCGGCGCGUGCGCUGGGAGGGCAUGCGCUCCGUCUUCGGGGGGGGUCCCCCCUCGCUCGGCUGGCUCAACCCCUUCGAAGGGCUCCUCUACAGCAGGUGGGGGGGGGGGCCCCGGCGCCCACCGCCCCUCGCCCCCCCGGGUCGGCCAUCGCGAGCCCCUCCUGCCUCCGCCGCCUUCCAUCCUCAGUGUGUAGCGCCGCGUUUGUCCCCCGCCGGCAACCACCGAACCGUGCCCACGCGUCGGUGGCGGGCGGCGGGGAGGGGGCCCGCACGGGGGCUGCUGCUGGGGGCGAGUGCCGUUAGCGAGUAG